AGCACUGUCUAACAGCUCCCUCCCACUUGAUAAAGACCAGCCCUAAUAAUCCUGGUGCAAGAGUUGAGACAUUUAACAGCUAAUCUCCCUGCCUGGGAGCAGGUGGGUGGAUCUUGGCCAUGAACCUCCUGCUCCUCUGCUGAGCUGGUUCCUGUCAACCACUCACCCGGGACUUUAUUUAGUCACUGCUCUUGGUGUUCCCAGCAAAAGCCGUGCCACAUGCGCCGAGGGACCAGAACAGAGAAGGGGAGCAAAGAAGAUUUCCUGGGACUGAGCUCUCAGCGGGAUCUGUGGCACUCAACAGCGCAGGAGAGCAAAAAGCGUAGGGCUCACAGAGCUAAGUAUAAGGUGCGCAGAGCUGGUCUGGGGCGCACUGAGAGUAGGGGCGCAGAGCCAGGCACGGGGUGUGUGGGGCAAAGUCCUGCACUGAGUGCGGAGAGCCGGGCUCUCUGGCUGGUGGCCGUAGCCCAGUGUAGUGACCCCCCUCGACCCCCAAAGCUAACCCUCCCCAACACCACUGCGAGCUCCCGUGCGGCUGGGCCAUGGCCAUCGGGCACUUCUCCGUGUGGGACUACGUGGUGUUCGGUGCCAUGCUGCUGAUCUCCGCGGUCAUCGGCGUGUACUACGCCUUCGCGGGCGGUGGCCAGCAGACCUCCAAGGACUUCCUGAUGGGCGGCCGCAGCAUGAGUGCCCUGCCUGUGGCGCUGUCCCUCACCGCCAGCUUCAUGUCGGCGGUCACCGUGCUGGGCACCCCGGCGGAGAUCUACCGCUUUGGGGCCAUUUUCUGCAUCUUCGCCAUCACCUACCUCCUGGUGGUGGUGAUCAGCGCCGAGGUCUUCCUGCCUGUCUUCUACCGCCUGGGCAUCACCAGCACCUACGAGUAUUUAGAGCUUCGAUUUAAUAAAUAUCUGCGUCUUUGUGGGACAAUCCUCUUCAUUAUACAAACGAUUUUAUACACUGGAAUUGUUAUUUAUGCUCCAGCUUUGGCACUGAAUCAAGUCACAGGAUUUGACUUAUGGGGUGCAGUGGUUGCCACUGGAGUUGUCUGUACAUUCUAUUGCACACUGGGUGGCCUAAAGGCAGUAGUCUGGACAGAUGUUUUCCAGGUUGGAAUCAUGGUAGCUGGAUUUUCAUCCGUGAUUAUACGUGCUGUGGUGGUUCAAGGGGGAAUCGGACGCAUUCUAAAUGAUUCCUACCAUGGAGGAAGAUUAAAUUUCUGGGACUUUAAUCCAAAUCCUUUGCAAAGGCAUACCUUCUGGACAAUUGUCAUAGGUGGGACCUUCACCUGGACUGGUAUAUAUGGGGUCAACCAGUCUCAAGUGCAGAGAUAUAUUGCCUGCAAAACCAGGUUCCAAGCAAAACUAUCUCUCUAUAUAAAUCUUGUAGGACUGUGGGCGAUUCUUGUUUGUGCAAUGUUUUGUGGAUUAGCAAUGUACUCGAUAUACCGUGAUUGUGACCCAUGGACAGCAAAGCAUGUGUCAGCACCAGACCAGCUCAUGCCAUAUCUGGUAUUGGAUAUUCUACGAGAUUUUCCAGGGGUACCAGGGCUUUUCGUGGCUAGUGCCUACAGUGGAACAUUAAGCACAGUGUCCUCCAGCAUCAAUGCUUUAGCAGCUGUAACCGUUGAGGAUCUCAUUAAACCUUACUUCAGCUCCCUCUCUGAAAAGAAACUAUCUUGGAUUUCCAAGGGGACGAGUCUUUUUUAUGGAGGCAUAUGCAUUGCCAUGGCUGCUCUGGCGUCCCUUAUGGGUGGCUUGUUACAGGCAGCUCUCAGUAUUUUUGGCAUGGUUGGUGGCCCUCUUCUAGGACUGUUUACUUUGGGAAUCCUCUCCCCUUUUGCGAACCCCAUCGGUGCAUUUGUAGGUCUCAUUGGGGGCUUUACUGUUUCACUCUGGGUUGGCAUUGGGGCUCAGAUUUACCCUCCACUCCCCGAGAGAACUAUGCCAUUAAACCUCUCAACUAUGGGCUGUAACACAGGCAGCAAUUGGACUGCAACAACUGUAAUGCCAACUUUAACAACUGUCAUACACCUGCAAGCCGCUGAAAGACCUGUCCUGGUCGAUUAUUGGUAUUCCUUGUCAUAUCUGUACUUCAGCACACUUGGGACCCUGGUCACAAUAGUUUUGGGAAUGAUUGUCAGCCUCCUAACAGGAGGAAUGAAGCAGAACAUCAGUCGCAGAUUUUUGCUGACCAAAGAGGACUUUAUGUCCAAUUUCUCAUUUUCUAAACCCCAGACAAAUAAAAAAGUGGAAGUUUUGAACUGGAAACCUUUCACCAUGGCAGAUGAAGGAACCGACAAUCCUGUUUUCAACCACAUGGAAAUGAACAUCACAGAAAAUAAAAAAGACAGCGGUGCCCAUAUAUGACUUAAGAGGACACUGUAGGUAUUUUGUUAAAGAUAUUGCCGGCUUUCCUGUGAAGAGUUAGUUACCCACCCUACCUCUGGCUAUAUGCAGUAAUCCCUACUAAACUUCAUGCCAUCACCACCUUGGAAUGACCUUACCAUUAAGAUCGAUUCCCACAAAGGAAUCAUAGCAUAUUGGCCCGAAGGAAAAGGCAGUUAGUGGUUACUUUACAACAUAUAUCUCCACUUAUUUUGGGACUCUUGCCAAAAGGCAAGUGUUUGUGACAAAAGUGAACAAGAACCAGGGGCAAGAAGGCUUUAAAGCAUACUCAAAUCUGGACGUUUUGUGUUACCUCUAAUGGUUUUACCUACUGAGCGCAGCAAGAAAUAAAUGGUAUUGGCUUGGUAAACGAGCUCUUUUCUCACCCACU